AUGUUUUUUGAUGAUGAGGGUAUGCCCUUCGAUCCGUUUAACAUUGGUCCCAACACGGCAUCAUAUCCACCACCAGUAUUUUCCUCAUGGCCGUCACCAAAGGAACAUACGAACAAAUCUGUGUCGCAAAGCACGGUUGUCAAACGGGAAUUGACUGGCGGGUCUUAUAGUUUGAAAACUGAUCCAUCGCUGAUGGGAGAAGUGGAGAUAUCUAAGGCCAUAAACGAGGAGAUGACCGCUUCCAAGCGGCAGGCACCUGCUGAAAAGCGCUAUCAUUUCGGUGUCAGGCACAAAAGAUCUCGCGCUUCGGUUCGGUCAGCAGCGCAGAAGUCCAUGAUGACAGUAAUGCCGGUGAGGCACCAUCGAUUAGCGGAGAAAUCAAGUGAGUUCCUCCAGGCGAGCUCAGCCAGGUCUCAAACAAGCAAAGAUAGAAUUUCCUGUUCCAAUGCGAAGAAACGAGCUCACGCAGGUGGCCAUGCAGAUACAAAAUCUAAUAUUUCUAGGAUAUCCAGCGCGAAUGAUGACACCCAAUCAAACAUUAAAGGAACUAAAAUCAAUGCAAGCAACAUUUACAAAAUCACACCUUCACUGAGGGAUGUGGCCGAUUCAAUAAGAAAGGAGCUAGCCCAGACGGUGAAGAUAUCCAAGGCCCUGGCCGCUAAGGCAUCCGAGUUGAGCAAACGGCUGAGAACCGGCAGCGAGUCCACGGAAAAGGUACCUCAAAGAUCGGAAGUCACAUAUAUUUCAGGAUGA